UUUAGAAAUAACUAAACAUCUUGUCGUUUAUGACUUCGCGCGCAUUUCCGGCAUCGAAUGCACAUGGUUGACAGUUGAAAUUUUGUUAAAUACACAUUGGUUUCGGUUGAGCAGUGAUGGAUCAAAUCCCGGCCGCCAUGGAUCGGCACUUGGACGUGAUUCAGUGUCGCAAAGACGGUGGGAUUCUGCUGGGGGCGUCCGGACUGACGGGGCGGUACUGGUACGGAUCUCUGUGGUACUACUCUAAUCCAGAUGGAGCCCCGGAUGUGGAGAAGUGUACAGCAGGGGUACAGCUGGAGGCCGGAUUUAGGGAAGCUGUCUGGCUGGACGACACAAAAGUCCUGGUGGGAUUAGACACAGGUGGCAUUGCCAUCUGGGAGUUAGUGGAUAACCUGCACACCUUUGUCCACCUUAGUGGGGCGACAGAGCAUGAUGACCUUGUGACCUCAGUAGGUGUGGUCAGUGGAGGAAAGAAGGCUGUCUCUUGUGGAGCAGAUAGGUGUGUCAAAGUCUGGGAUUUAGAACACAUGCACUCUACAAAUACCUACAGAGCCCACUCAGAUGUGGUGGAGUGUGUUAGCUGUCAUCCUACAGAGCCGGCUUUGUUUCUGUCGUGUUCCGCAGAUGGCAGUGUAUUUUUGUGGGACACCCGUAAAUCCCGACCCGUGACAGAUCUAGGUGGGUUCCCUCCCUUUGUUGUCCCCAUAGCUAGAGUAGACACCUCCCCUCUCCAACAUUCCCCCAAACAGGUUGUAUGGCAACCUGAGUCACACAAUUUUGCUGUGGGUGGGGAAUGUGGUCAGGUGGUCAUCAAGGAUACCAGGAAAGCUGUGGGAGCAACAUUGUCUUUCAGCUGCCAUUCUCGAGCAGUCACCAAGUUAUCAUUCAGUAAAGAUGAUCCGAGUCUGUUGGCGUCGGCUUCAGAAGAUUGUACAGCGGUAGUGAUGUCGAUAGAUAAAGAGACGGGUCGACAAAUAUUCCGAGACACAACACACACAGAUUUCGUGACGGGACUAAGCUGGCAAGGAAGUGAGAAGCUCUUCAGUUGUGGAUGGGACUCGAAAGUGAAAAAACACUGUGUGUCGAACUGUGAACAAACUUCUGAAGACUGUGUCGUGGUUGAAAUGGAGACGGACAGUAUAGCCAGCGAGAGUGUUAAAAAGAUAGCCAACAUUUCACUAGUUUGUAACGGCAAUGGUGCUGAAGUGGAAUCCACAUGACGUGAAAUCUACCUCGUUAUAUUUGUGUUCUCGUGAUCAGAAUUUCUUGCAAAAGAAUCAAAAUUGUCACAGGUUCUACUCAAUUUUUUAGUUGUUGUAUUUUUUUUUUUGGAAAUUCUUCACAGCAAGUUUUGAUGUGGCAUAGGCUUGUUGUGGCGUUUUACUUGUGCAAGUCAUUUUUUCAUCAGGAAUCUCAAAAAUUUCAGAUUUUCAUUGGGCAUGCUGAGUAUCAUAUCACUGAUGUUUUAUUGCAAAAUAAAAACAAAGUAUACCAUAUUUGACUGUAAA